AUGUUAAGUGCUGUAUUAGAGACUGGAGCUGUCAUUCAGGCCACACAUGUGUCCAGCAGCUACUCAUUCCAGUCACUAGUGGAACGUGGUUCUUUUUCUUCUGGACCAUUAACACUGAGCUUGUGUAGCACAGAGAAGCCUUACGAGAAACUAAAAGUAGCACUAAAUGGCCAAGUGACAUGGGCAGUGACGGGGACAAAGCUUGCUACCUUCGAAAUUGAAUUUGGAGCUGCUGAAGAAACAACAGACACAAGAUGUCUCGUACAUUUUAAGUCAGUCGCGCAUCAAAAGAAAGUCAAUCGUUUGCAAUUAACAGGAUGGUAUCUGGGGGUGGCGGGAUCACGACUUAUUGGUGACGAAGGAAAAGGAGAUAGCAGUUUGUUCAGCUUGGUAGUCGUAUCGUCCCGCGCAGCUUUUUUGCUAGAUACUACACGCUCAUUGAUGUCACAGUCCACACACUCAUCGAUAUUGAGCGAGUCUCAACGACUAUCGUUCAUGCAAAAUGGAUAUCUGCAGAUCCGAGGAGCCGUUGCACUGACUCUGGCUAACACUGCGCUGCGUCGGAUCAACCAUGACCUCGGCAUUCCUGGAAACAUGAUCGAUGGCGGAGUGGAAGGAAACAUCAAGCUGGCAGGAAACACGUCCAACAGCGACGCUAUUCUGAAUCUCUACUACCUCUCGGAUGUGUCAAAGUACGUGGAAGCUCUCGUCGGUGCUGGCCAAGUGGUGCCGCCUCAGGGAGCACAGAUCGCUUUACGAUUUCCUGAACUUGGGGAGCCAAGGGAACCUCUAGGAACAGAAUGGCAUACAGACGGUAUGCGGCAGGGUCGACUGCACCCGUUUACUUUACUGGCGGGCAUUGCUCUCUCAAACGUAUCGGAGCCGUUGUGCGGUAAUUUGACUGUUUUUUCGGGGUCGCACCUAUCACUUCAAGGCCGUCUAGCUGCCGAUGGAAAGCUGCAUGGUUAUGACGGUGAGGCGUACAAAGCAGAUAGCGUAUGGGGAGAUGGCAGACUUCCCGACAUGGGCACACCUAUACAGCUCCUCGCUGCACGCGGCGAUUUGGUGCUGGCACACCCCGACCCGCGGUGGUCUUAA